AUGGCGCAAACUGGAGCGGCGUUAUCCCGCCGUCUAGCUCAAGCAGCAGACACCAACGUUGAUACCAACGUUGACAAUGAUAUCGCAAGGGUCGGCCUAGGCGAUGUCAAGAAUGGCGGUACCACUCCUGUUGGCACAAGUGUAUACAACAUCCUCAUGGGGACGGAGCCUGGUGAUUCAGCUGUGGCUGGUUACAAGCCACCUGGUAUCGUCGGAACCAAGGCAUGCAAGGCUGACACAUGCUGCGUGUGGUGGUGGAUAUCACAGGCCAUGACCCUCGCCUUCACUGGACCCACCGGCCGUUGCAACAGUUUCGCUCGCGCAGCCAUUCGUCUGGGUUUCCACGAUGCAGGAUCAUGGUCAAGUUCUCUUGCAGCCAAUGGUCAAGACUUUGGAGGUGCAGAUGGAAGCAUUAUCCUUUCGGGUUCGGAGAUCAACAGAGGAGACAAUAACGGCCUGCAAGCCAUCGCAAAUCAAGCUCUUCUCUGGUCUAAAGUAUUCAAUGUCGGUGUUGCCGACAUCAUCCAGUUCGCAGCUGUGCAUGCAGUAGUCACAUGUCCCCUAGGACCUCGCACACGAGUGUUUGUUGGCCGCAAGGAUAGCAAGCAAGCCGCGCCCGAGAACUUGAUGCCUUCUGCUUCGAUGAGCGCAGACCAGAUCAUUAGCCUUUUCGAAGACAAGACCAUCCAGCCCCAUGAUCUUGCGGCUCUCCUCGGUGCACACAGUACCAGCCAGCAGUUUGUGACGGACAAAACAAAAGCUGGCUUCAGUCAAGAUUCAACACCUGGAGUCUGGGAUGUGAACUUCUACAACGAGACUAUACAACCGGGCACGAAUAGUAAAGUUUUCAAGUUCCAGAGCGACCUUGUGACUGCAAAUGAUUCGAGAGUAAGCGACGAGUGGCAUGCUUUCAUCGGAGACCAAAGCCAUUGGAAUGGAGACUUUGCUUCUGCUUAUGUCAGACUGAGCAUGCUUGGUGUCAACAAUAUCAACAACCUGACAGAAUGCACAAAAGUAUUGCCCGCUGAAAAGAAGACGUUUGCAGGGGCAUCGACACCAGGCCUUCUCGGUAAAUUACGAUGA